AUGCAACUGGAGUUAAGCAAGUGCAAGAACAGCGUUGUUGGGGGUGAGUUCUUGAGGGGUGUUUCGGGUGGGGAGAGAAGAAGGGUUAGCAUAGGCCAAGAAUUACUCGUAAACCCUAGCUUGCUCUUCUUGGAUGAGCCCACGUCUGGACUCGAUUCGACGACGGCACAGCAGAUUGUGUCGGCAUUGUGGGAUUUGGCAAGUGGAGGAAGAACAAUUGUGAUGACCAUACAUCAACCUUCAAGUAGGAUUUUCUACAUGUUUCAUAAGGUGGUGUUGUUAUCGGAAGGGAAUUGUUUGUAUUUCGGAAAAGUAUCGGAGGUCAUGGACUAUUUUUCGGGCAUUGGCUAUGUCCCAUUGGUAGCUAUGAAUCCUGCGGAUUUUCUGUUGGACCUUGCCAAUGGUCUGGCACCUGAUGGAUCGCAUGAAAACAAGAGCAAGGUGAAGCAGAGCCUAGCCUUGGCCUAUAAGCACAACCGUUUAUAUAAUUUGAAAGCUCAACUUCAACGGGAGCAACUUCAAGAAACCAACUCCAGCCAUUUUCAAGAUGGAUCAGAAGACAAGAACUUUGCGAAAUGGCCCACUACUUGGUGGCAGCAAUUCUCUGUGUUGCUUAGGAGAGGACUGAAAGAGAGGAGGCACGAGUCCUUCUCUGGUAGCCAGAUUAACCAGGUUGUGGCGGUGGCUCUUCUUGCUGGGCUACUAUGGUGGCAGUCAAAUAUUUCCAACUUGCAGGAUCGGACUGGGCUUCUCUUCUUUAUGUCUGAAUUUUGGGGGUUUUUCCCUCUGCUCCAAGCAAUUUUCACCUUCCCCCAAGAGCGCAAGAUGCUUGAAAAGGAAAGAUCUUCAGGCACAUACAUGCUCUCCUCUUAUUUCAUAUCAAGGAUUGUUGCUGAUCUCCCCAUGGAGCUUGCCCUUCCAACCCUAUUUGUCACCAUAACAUAUUGGAUGGCAGGGCUCAAACCCACAGCAGGACACUUUUUCCACACCUUGCUUGUUCUGCUACUCAGUGUGUUAGUGGCUCAAGGCAUGGGGCUUGCUCUUGGGGCUCUGGUAAUGGACCAAAAAAAGGCUGCAGUACUUGCAUCAGUCCUCAUGGUGUCAUUUCAGCUAGCUGGAGGUUUCUUUGUUCAACAUGUUCCUGCUUUCAUUGCUUGGAUCAAAUACAUUUCCAUCAUUAACUACUCAUACAAGCUCUUGCUGGGGUCUCAAUACAAUGAAAAUGACACUUACCUAUGUGAUAGUGGGGUUUGCUUGGUUAGAGAUUUCCCAAGUAUAAAACAUGUUGGGCUUAGUGGACAAAUAGGUGCAGCGGUUGCUUUGGCCAUAAUGCUUGUGGGUUAUAGGCUAAUUGCUUAUAUAGCUCUCAUGAGGACUGGGUUGAAUGGAAAGGAGAGGUGGUUAGUUCAUGAGGGAAGAGAGAAUAACAGAGAAGGAGAGGCAAAAGAAAAUCAGUAUUUUACUUUAUAUGCAGACAGUGACAACAUGAAGCUAAAAGAAUUGCAAAGGCAUAAUUGGAUGCAAGAGAAGCUGAUGUUGAUACUUGAAUCGUCUGAUGAAGAGAACAUGAUACAGUCCCCUUCUGUCAACAAUGUCUUGAAUCUCCAUCUGUCAACAAUGUGA